CUGUCUGAGACGUUCACGUGAUUUUUUUUUCUCCCAGCGUGCCGAACCGAGCUAACGACACUUCUCACCGCGACGCUUUUGUUUUGAAAAGCUCCGGUGGAAGCUCUCCCAGAAACACCAUCAUGGCCGCCGAGUGCGAUGUGCUGUCUGAGAUCGAGGUGCUGCAGUCGAUCUAUGUGGACGAGCUGCUGGUCCACAGGGGGGAGGACGGGGGCUGGGAGGUGAGCCUGGUCCUGUACCCGUCCACAGCCGAGGACUCCGUCUCCCAGUUCGUCCGACUCACCCUGACCUUGACCCUCGACCAGCAGUAUCCGUCGUCUUCUCCGGCCAUCUCCAUCCACAACCCCCGAGGUCUCUCCGACGACAAGCUGAGCAGUGUCCAGAAGUGUCUUCAGCUGGAGGCUCAGUCCUGUCUGGGUUCACCUGUGUUGUAUCAGCUCAUUGAGAAAGCAAAAGAAAUCCUGACUGAAAGCAACAUUCCUCAUGGAAACUGUGUCAUCUGCCUGUACGGCUUUAAGGAGGACGAGACGUUCACCAAGACGAGCUGCUACCACUACUUCCACUGCCACUGCCUCGGCCGCUACGUCCGCCACUCUGAGAGCGAGCUCCGGCAGAGAGAGAAGGAGCUGGAGGAGGACAAGACCAGAGACCGGACGGACGAUCAGGAGCUGACUGUGGUGUGUCCGGUGUGCAGAGAGCCUCUAACGUACGACGCCGACCUGCUGCUGUCCUCCCCGGCGCCCCAGCUGCCCGAGCUCGACGAAGCAGCGAUCGGUUCGCAGUUCCAGCAGAAGUGGUUUGAACUCCAGAAGCUUCUGGAGAGGCAGAGGUCUAAAGGCGGGAUCAUCGACCCGGAGGAGGAGUCCAAUCGUUUCCUCAUCCACAUCAACGAG